UAGCGCUUAUAUUUGGCACGUAAUGUAUGAACAGGGCUUCACUUGUGGGUCACGUGACUGUCAUAUUGUGUUCAAUUUUGGGCGCAUUUUUGUGUUCAUAGGAGAGCUCUAUAACAGACAACACACACAACACAUCCCAUUAUCACCACAACAACACCUGACCAUCGAUUGUCUCAUCGCAACAAUGGGUACGUUUGUGGCCAACGAUGACCACUAUGUGAUCAGUGGUCACACCAGCGACAAAGUGGUGCACGAGUGGCGCGGUUUGGUCUCCGCUCACAACGAGAUGAUCGCUUUCAUCAUAGAGUCGGCCAAACAGAUGGCCGAAUACAUCCAGACCGACAUCAAUGACAGCCGAGUGUUGCGGACGCCCUCUCGCGCCCGUCGGCUAAGCAAACGGAAGCGCUCGUCGGCGGCCACUGCCAGACAUCUGGCGCUAAACUCGUCGACGUGUAAAAAGCGGUCAAACGCUGCGGCCGUCGCCCUCAAGACGCGCGACCCGUCCGUUGCCGUCACUCCACGCCGUCUCAGCAAACGAGCCAAACGGUCGACCAUUCAGUUGGACACCACUGUCGACGAGAUGAUGGACACGACUGCUGUCGCCUCUAAAGUGGCCGUCGAUGUAACCGACGCUUGUGUGAAGAGUUUGGACUCUUUGAUGACAUGUGUUGUGUCUAACCAUAAGAUAUCUGUCGAAAUGGUUGACAUUGAGGACGAGAAUAGGCCUCCAGUGAUGACCACCAAAGCCAAUGAGAUCCGCACCGAAGAUAUAGAUUCGCCAAAACUGUUGACGGCGUCUGAAAUGAUGUCUGAGCUGUCGAUCAGCGAAGACACCAAUAAAAUGGUCAACAAAUUGAACGAAUCGGAGAACGAGUGGAUGACUGACGACGAAGACUGUCCGGCGUCUCAGAAGACACCCAAAAAGGAUACCGAAGUGUUCUUUGACGCCAAGAACGGGACCAAAAAGAGCUCAACAAACGUUUCGUUGAUAAACAAGACAUUGAAUACGAGUUCGGCGGCCAAAGAGACGCGUAAGAAGUCGUUGUACUUCACGCCACAGACCACACAGCGAUCGACACGAGCGCAGACCCGUAUGCUCUCCAGAAUUGCCGAUUCCUCUCAAAAGACGCCACAAGUGGCCAAUCGAUUGAUCGCUCAAAGAGAGAGCGCCGCCGCCACUAGUGGUUAUCACUCUGGAGGCGGUGCGACCAGCGGUGGUAAACCCAUGACCGCUGGUUGUGGUUCGUCGGCCCGAUCGGUGCGCUCGUACUCACGCGUUCAACAGCCUGGCGGCGGUAAAGCGCCGGACACUAAGUCGUUGACCGACAGCGCGAUGAAGAAGCGUCUGGAGGCGGAGGAUCAGCGCCGACAGCGACUGAUGGCGUCGCAGGAGAAGGAAAAGCGGGCGAUAGAGAAGCGCCGGAUACUCAUCGAGCAGUCGGUGUCCGAGAAGAAGCAGAAGUCUCAGGAGAAGGCGAACCGCGCGGCAGAACUCCGGGAGUUGAACGCCAAGAAGGAGUCGGAACGGCUGCGCAAAGAACAGGAGCGCCGCGAAGAGUGGGAACGGAAGCGCGAAGAGGAGCGCCGGGAACUGUUGCGCCGCAAACACGAAGAGUUGCAACAAAAGACACGCGAAACUGAGCGCCGAAAGCAAUUGCAGGAACAGAAGGAAAUGGAGGCUCAGAUGAGACGGCGGGAAGAGUUGUCGCGCAAACAGGAGGCCGAACGCGAGCGCCAACGAGAACAGGAACGCAUGGCUGCUCUCAUACAGCAUCACAACAAUAGUCUUCAACAGAAAGCGAUGGCCAACUCGUUCAUCAAGAAGUGCGCGGUCGGCGAGUCGUCCACCACUGUUGCCGCGGCCACCGCUGCUGUCACUCAACCGGUGCCCAAAGUAGUGCUCACUAAACUCAGCCCAGAGUUGACGGCCAAACAUAUGCCGCCGCAAAUAAUAGCGCCCAAAGAGCCGACCCCUAUCGCCACUGCGGCCAACCGUUCGCCGGUUGAGACGGCGGCCACGAAGAGCGACCCGAACCAGACGUACACUAAGCCGGACGCGCCCAACGAGACGUACGUAAUGGACACUUCCAGUUACGACAUGACUCCGCCGCCCAAAGAGCACUCGUACGACAACUACGACAUCAGCCAAAUAGCAUCGGAUGACGACACGGACGACGACCAACAGCCCCGCAAACGCAUUCCCGGGUGGGCGAGAGGGCACAUGUUUAUCAAACAGGUUCACCAACAGUACAGUCGGCCCUACAAAGAGUUGUACAAAGAGAUCAAAGGUGUGUUCGGCUCCGGCGACGCUCUGCUCAACCGGUUUAAGGUUGAGUUUGAGCUGAUGUUCCCGAAACGCCCGAUUCACCCGAAGUACGCCAAACGCACGUCAUCUGCGGUGUGGGACGAACCCCCGGCCCGCUAUAGACAGGCCGCCGGCCCUAAUGAGUCACUAAUGAAUGAGACUUUUACUUAAUAGUAAUAUUACUUAUUUUUAAAAAUCGGUUUUCAUCGGUAUUUUAUAUGCAUUUUAAUGAGUAUUUUAUAAUUCAUUAUAUUAUUUAACG